GCAAAUGCAUUGGUAUAUCUCCACGCUUCUGAUAUCAUCCACAGAGACGUAAAAACCAACAACAUUCUCCUUGACAACCACUUCAGUGUCAAAGUAGCAGAUUUUGGCCUCUCACGUCCCUUCCCAAUCCAUGCCACACACGUUUCCACUGCCCCACAGGGAACUCCUGGUUAUGUGGAUCCAGAGUAUCACGAGUACUACCAGCUCACUGAUAAGAGUGAUGUUUACAGCUUCGGGGUGGUGCUGAUCGAGCUCAUAUCUUCUAUGCAUGCGGUUGAUAUCUCAAGGCGUAGACAUGAGAUCACCUUGUCCAACAUGGCCAUCAAGAAGAUCCAAAGUGGUGCGUUGCAUGAGAUUGUAUCCAACUCUUGGUUUGGGUCAGAUUUCAAGGUCAGGAAAAUGAUCAGUGCAGUGGCUGAGUUGGCGUUUCAGUGCUUGCAGAGUUCCAAAGAUGUGAGGCCUACUAUGGCAAGAGUGUUGGAUAGACUUGAGCGAGUCAAGAAGUUGAAUGGGAAGUAUACAGAGCAGAGCCAAGAGAUGCUUAUAAUGAUCAUAGAAGAUGAUACUGCUUUCUCUCAACUGACCUCUCCUCCUUCCCUGAUUCAAAUUUUUCAAACUGUACGUAGUAUAGUUAACUAGUCUAUGAUUUACAUUAGCUGUUGUACAUAGAAUCAUAGAGCUGAUUCAUUUGGUUAUCAAAAGUUUAUUCCCAAUAUUUUUUUUUUAAUUCUUUUAUGAUUAUGCGGUCAUGUUUUGAUCUCAAGGGGGUUAAAGAACGAAUGACAUAU